AUGUAUAUUGAUCCUGCAGACACUAAAGCAUGGGCUGAAGAAUUGAAAGAGUAUAACAAUAUUCAUAUUAAAUAGGUAUUAAGUUAAUAGGAAACAACAAAUUGAGUUUACUAAGCCUAAAUUCUUUACACAAAAGGAAAUGAAAUUGAAAUAAACUGAGUUCAAUCCAGUUUUGCAAACUUAUCAAAGUGUUGAAAGAGAUGUAAAAGAAAAAGAAAAAGAUUAUCAAAAAACAUCUACUUUAGCAUAAAAGAAAAUGGUAUUAGCAUAAAUAGAUAGAUAUAUAGGAAAUGGUCAAAAAAUAUUUACAUGAAUAUGAUUUAGUUAAUCUUGAACAAGUUCCUGGUAUUGAAAGACCAGAUGAAAGAGAGAAAACUAAAUAAUGUCUUGUAUUUUUAUAUUAUUAUUCAUAGUUACCUCCUAAUUUUAAUGAUUAUAAUAUUAUAACUAAUGAAAAAAAAAGUGAAGAACAUUACAAAAAUAUGAAAGUAGUUGUUUAAAAGAAAGUACAUGAAAAACCUGUUAUCAAUAGAAAUAAAAGAGAUUUCAACAUUAUUUCUAAUAAGUAACAACAAUUUUAUUCCUUAGAUUUCUUGAAAAUCAUGAAUCCAAACAAUUAGAUAAAGAUUAAGCUACAGUCAGUGAAAUUAAUGAAAAAUGCAAGAAAAUUAGAAAUUAUGAUAUUGUUUAAGGAGCCUUCUAUGAUGAAGAAAAAGAACAACAAUAUUAAUAGUAUAUUAUCCCAUAAAACUGAGGAAAUUAAAAUAAGAUCAAUAAUAACAUGGCAAACAUUUUAAUGAUAGGUUCCCUCCAUCUUGGAAAUUUAGAGAGUCUGUAUAUUUAGAUCAAACUAAAGAUAUUCCUGAAGAAAUUAAAAUGAUUGAUGAAAUCAAUAGAAAUCAUAAAAAAAGAUUUGAAAUUAGACAUGUUUUAGAAAAUGAAUAUAGAGAAAAAGAUGUUUAAGAUCAACUUAGAACUUAAGAUAGAUUAAUUAAAAGACAUAAAUAUGAUGAUAUGAUCAAAAAAUAUGAUAAAGGUAUAUAUAUAUUAUAUCUAGAUUUUGAUAUCUUAACCUUAUAAAAACCAGAAAUUGAUCAUAUUAUUAAAGCUUUACCUCCUAAACCACCUCUCAAUUCUUGGGAUAAGGUUUAAAUGACUAAAUCACCCUCUGAUGCACCAUUAAAAGAAAUCAGUAUUCCUGAUGGUAUUGAAUUUUAAGAUCAUGGAAAUUCUCCUUAAGAUAAUUAGGUUAGAGUAAGAUUCCCAUAAGUAAUGAGAUAACCCAGUGAGAAAUCAUAAAAAUCUGUUCCAAAAUCAUAAAAAUCUGUUAUACAAUCUUAAAAGUCUAAUCCCGGUCAAACAGAAAUUAAAUCAGGAGGUUUUUUCUGA